AUGGGCUUCAACUGCUUGCAGGUUGUGUCAGCUGACAAAGAUGAGCUUGUGAUUGAGAAUCUAAAGAGCAUUGGCUUUGGAAUUUUAGAAAGAUGUGGUGGUUUGCCGGUAGCUAUUAAAGCAAUUGCAGGGAUUUUGAUCCACAAAGAAAUAAAUGAAAUUGAGUGGGGAAAAGUACUAACAAGUCCUUCAUGUUGCCCUAGUAGAAAUUCGAUAAUUCAGCUGUGGAUUAGUGAAGGUUUUGUCAAUGGUAAUUCAAAUGAACGAGAAGAGCUUGGAAAGGAGUAUUACAACGAGUUAAUGAUGAGGAAUCUUAUACAGAAGGGGCUGAGCACUGACUGGAUCAUGCAUGACGUGGUUCGCUCAUUUUGUCAGCAUGUGGCUAGUGAUGAAGCUCUGGCCUCUCAUGUGGGACGACUUAAAGACACCGAUCUUGAUUCAAAGAGAUACCGUUGGUUGUGCGUACAGAAUAUAUCAAAUUGCCGUAAUUUCCAAAAACAAGACUCAGUGAGAACAUUGCAUUUAUACGGAAGGGAUAAUGGCAAUUUGAAUCUGAGUGAUUUAUGCAGCACAUUCUCAAGCCUAAGGGUACUACAGGUAACAAAAGUGCAGCAUAUUAUUUCCAUUGAUUCUCUGUGCCAGUUGAAGAACUUGAGGUUCCUGAUAUUUGAUUACACUCAGAUAAGUAGGCUACCAGAUGACAUUGGCAAGAUGAAAUUCUUGGAGUACAUUGGGAUCUCAAACUGUGAAGAAAUAGAAGAACUUCCUGGUAGCAUUAUAAAACUAGAGCGGCUAAGAUGUGUUAACCUUUUCAGAACAAGCAUAAACAGUAUACCUAGGGGCUUUAGUGAGCUUACAAAUUUGAGGACAGUAUUCUCGUUUCCAGCUCAGAUGUGUAGCACUUCAUCAAAAGAAGAGUGGUGUAGUUUGCAGGAGCUGGGACCUCUUUCUGAUCUUUGGAGUCUCUCCCUGGUUGGUUUGGAGAAUGUAUCUUGUGGCUCUUUUGCUGCAAAGGCCAAGCUUGGUACCAAGAAGCAUCUAACCUUAUUGAAUUUAAAUUGCAAAGACAAUCAGCUGGGAGAUGAUGGAUUGUUGAGAGAGGAAGGAGACAUUUCUAUGGAUGAGCAGAGACGGAUUGAGGAGGUUUUUGAUGAGCUGUGCCCUCCACACUCGUUGGAAGUACUUACCAUCAGAGGAUAUUCUGGUCAACGGCUCCCAAGGUGGAUGGCAUGGAAAGCAGCUGCGAAGUUUGAUAAAUUGAGGAGUGUGUGGUUGGAAGGCCUGGCUUACUGCACCAAACUCCCUGAUGGCCUGCUUCACUUCCCCUGUUUGAAGUUCCUAACGAUCAAUAGUGCCCCAACCAUCAAGAGCAUUGAGCAACACCAUGGUAAUUACCACAACCAUUCUCAAGCAGCUGUUCCGUUUCCCAAACUGGAGUUCCUAGAGUUUACAGGAAUGCUGGAAUGGGAGGAGUGGGUGUGGGAGGACACAAUGCAGGCCAUGCCUCUCUUGGAGAAGCUUGUACUAAGCAGAUGCAAAUUGCGAGAACUUCCUCUUGGCCUUGCCUCACAUGCAAAGUCUUUGAAAUUUCUCAAACUUUACAAGGUCCAGAACCUCAAGUCUUUAAAGAAUUUGUCAUCAGUUGUCGAUCUAGAUGUCCAAGACAACCCCAGCAUGGAGGGCAUCACAAGUAUGCCAAAACUCCGAAUUCUUAACAUUGUUUACUGCCCAAAACUAACGGUAUUGGAGGGCAUCCCUGCACUGCAAACCCUCUUUCUAACGGACUACAGCAUGAAAACACUCCCAGGAUACCUGCAAGAUGUAAAGCCAAGGAGUUUGGUGCUGGACUGUACUUUACCACUACUUAGUGACAUAUCAAUGGGGCCCUCUUCCUCUGAAUGGGACAAGAUCAGCCAUAUCCAGCAAAUCCAUGGAUAUGCACCUGAAAUGCACAUAAGAAGAAGGUGGUAUGUGUCGUACAAGGCCUCCAAGUUGGAGACUAAUAUUGCGUGCUCUUCCAAAUCUAGAGGUAUUAUCGAUGGUUUGUUGAUGGACAAGGAGAGACAGGCCGAGGAAUUCCUGACGAACCAAGCGAGACACGCCAAGGAGAUGAGGAUGGUCAAGCUUCUAUGUGCCUUCCUCCCCAUCGUCGUUGGAUUUGUUUCAAUUCUGGCGUAUCGUUAUGGAUUGUUACCGUAA